AUGACAUAUUUGCCCUCACACCCAAGAGUCCUUUUAGCUGAUCCUGAGAAAACCCUUUCACCUGAGAUUGAGUUUCUCAGCUCUGUUGGGCUCUCAAGGGUGGACCUUGCUAGAGUUCUUAGUUUUAAUCCAUAUCUGUUGUCAAGAAGCUUGGAGAAUCAGAUUGUGCCAUCUUAUAAUUUUCUCAGGAAUAUGAUUUCCCAGAAGAAUGUUGUGGCGGUUUUGAAGCGCAAGUCUUGGAUGUUCUUGGAGAAUCAUUCCAGGAAUGUGAUGCCCAAUAUUGAGGCUUUGAGAGAGUUAGGUAUGCCCAGAGCAUGCAUUUCUCUGUUGCUUGCUCAUGACACCCAAGUGUUGAUGCAUAAUUAUGAUGAGCUUGUUCAGCUUGUGAAUGAGGUCAAGGGGAUGAGAUUUGAUUUGAAGAAGUCAACUUUUGUUGUUGCACUGAGAGCAUUGUGUGGGAAGAGCAGUAGGGCCAUAUGGAAUCGAAAUCGCGAGAUUUACAAGAGGAGUUGGGGUUGGUCUGAUGAUGAUGUUAUCUCUGCUUUUAGGAAGAGCCCUCAGUUUUGGAGAAUAGGAUCAUCCCGAAAUGUUCGGUUGUCAAAGUUUUGA